AACAACAUUCGGUUGGUCACCCUAUAGCAUGCAGCGGCAGUUUAUCAGUUCGAUUUUCACCACAUUGUUUUUGUUUUGAAUACCAACAUUCAGGCAGUCAAAAUUUAAUAUCAAAAUUUAAUAAUAUUGUACUAUGCAAGAUGAGUUGUUAGCGAUCUCAACCGUCCAAGUGAAAAGAUAACAAUAUUUAUAUUACAACUAUGGCAAAAAUACGUGACCUUCCAGAGGAGAUUUUGAUCCUGAUCUUCAGUUUUCUGAAACUUCGCGAUAGAAAAGUAGCAUCCCGUGUGUCUCGGCUAUGGAACCGGUUAGCAUUCACGGAUCGUCCCAUGAAGAAUAUUUCGUUGCAUGUAUCCGACUAUUUGGAUCCAAAGCAAAGAAGAGUAUUGCUCAAGAGCAAGCGAUGCUAUCGGAAUCUGACACUGGAAUGGACCGAAUCAUCGAAGGUGCAGUAUUUCGUCGAUGUGUUGGAAAAGUUUGGCACAGACCUAAACUCCUUGAAACUAUCAACCUACGUAGUGACGCCGCUUAUUUUGAUAAGAUUCCUACUGAAAGCGCCAAACUUGAACGAGUUGAUCAUAGAGGGUUGCUUCUGCAGUGAAGGUUGUGAUAUGCUGUUUCCGACAUUUAAAAACAUACGAGUUUUAGAGUUGACUCAACGUGGAUUUGAGAAUGAAGUCUGUGAAUUAAUUCCUCGCUUGUUUCCUAGUCUCACGUCACUGGAUCUGGUUGCAGCCGAGGACGCCGCAUUCGAACUAAUUGUUUUCUAUGGAAAGCAACUGAAGUGUCUUCACGUCCUAUUAGAAUGCUCACAUUUUCAGAAGUUUUGCAGUUUGGAUUGUUUGGAAAAUUUGCGGAGAAUUCAUGUGUUUUGGCCACAGCCAAGUGACUACCGGCACCUCGUAGGGUGUUUCCAACAAAUGAACUUACUGCAAAGCGCUUCUUUGACGGGGACGCUGAAUGAGGGCACUUUUGAACUGAUUUGCACCAGGUGGAAACAACUGGAGCACUUAUGUGUCAACGUACAAACGAUGAAAGCGGCAACUUUUCGCAACGUAACAAAACUCGACAAAUUAACUACAUUGAAGCUCCAAGGAUCAAUUAGAGAGUGUAAUUUUCUUAAAGAUAUUCAGUUACCUAAAAUACGGCAUUUUGUGCUGGAUGGAGUGUCAACAUCUUACAAUUUUUACGCGCAUUUGGCACAUUUCGUGCCAAAUGUGCAAACAUUGAAAAUCUAUGAUCACACAUUUGAAAAUGCUCACCUACGCCUACUCACCAAAACAGUGCCGAAUCUUCGGGCGCUUUCACUGGAUUACUGUUAUCAGGUGAAGGAUGAUGGGUUCCAAUUUCUAAAUUGUCUAACCAACCUCGUCGAACUGCGUUGUUGGUCAGUACCAAUUUCGGAAAAUGCAUUUCUCCGAUUUCCAAGAUGUCCAAACGUGCGAACACUGAGUAUUGGAGGAAGUGGAUGGAUUACUAACAAAGCUGUCCUUGAUAUCCCAAACCCGUUUCCAAACUUGAGCGAACUACAUAUCGUUGACUGUCUCAAAGUAGACGAGGACACAAUUUGGACUCUUCAAAAGCAAAUGAAAAGAUGUGCGAUUAUCAAACUGGAGAAACCGGAACCGGACCGCGAAAGGGAGGCAGCUUGGCAAAAGUGUUGGUGAAAGACUUUUCUUUGUUUUUACUGUGAUUUAUGCAUAUCGUAGCAAGAUUCUACAAGUUUUAUUUUCUUGAUGUGUAGUUUUAUCCAGAUGGUUGUGUGCUGGUUUUAGUAAUAAUUUAAAACAGAAAUUAUUGACCCUCCAAAAUUUUUAUCAAAACCGAACUUUUACUCUAUAGAA